AUGUCCUCAAUUACCAUCGCUACCCUCCCGCGCAUGAGCCGAGAUGCUCUCUCAGCCCUCCUCCUUUCCACAUCCACCCCCGGCAAACUAGCAAUCAUCGACGUGCGGGACUCCGACCACAUCGGCGGCCACAUCCUCUCCUCAACCUGGGUCCCGAGCAGCACACUCGACGUCCGCAUGCCCGAACUCGUGCGCACCCUGCAAGAUAAAGAGAAAGUAGUCUUCCACUGCGCGCUCAGCCAGCAGCGCGGUCCUUCUGCGGCGCUGCGGUACGCGCGCGAACGUGAGAGGAUGCUGGGGAGUGACGAAAGCCACAAACAGGAAGUUUUCGUGCUAGAGGGCGGGUUCGUACAGUGGCAGGAGAAGUAUGGGAAGGAUGUGAGGUUGACGGAGGCUUAUGUGGAGGACAUCUGGAGGGAGUAUUGA